AUGUCGGAAUUCUUCCCACCAGCGGCGGGGAAGACCCCCCUUACUCACGGCCUCGGAUAUGGACGGUCACGCCAUGAAAUCCUGGAGUCAAACUUUUCUCUCCAGAACCGCACAAUCAUUCUAACUGGAGGUGCCCGUGGAAUCGGAUUACACCUCCUACAGACGCUAGUUGCAGCUGGCGCGGAUGUUUCCUGUCUCGAUUUGUUGCCAGGGCCCCCGGCUGAAGCACUAGAUAAACUCAAAUCGCAAAGCGAAGCAGAAUCUUCUGUUAUCUCGUUCCAUAAGUGCGACGUGACGGAUGAAACGGCUGUGGAAUCAGCCAUCCAUGGAAUCCAACAGCAAGCAUUGAAUAGGCAGCGGCCGAUAAGAGGGUUGGUCCACUGCGCUGGACAACAGAUUGCCGGAGAGGCCUCCAGCCUCCCCGGUGAGGAUUUCCGCCGUGUAAUAGAUGUUAAUAUCACGGGAAGCUUCUUUGUUGCGCGACAGGUGGCAAAAGCUCUGCGAGACACCCAGGAAUCGGGCAGUCUAGUCCUGGUAGGGUCUAUAGCUGGCCACGCAGCGAAUCGGGGAAUAUGUAACUCGAACUACAACUCCUCCAAGGCCGCAGUUAUCCAGCUGGUUCGCUCCCUGGCACUGGAGUGGGGUCGGUAUAACAUUCGAGUGAACAGUCUCUCGCCAGGUUUCAUACGCACUGAUAUGACAAAUGAUCUGCUGGUUGAAAGACCAGAAUUCAACGAGUUGUGGAUGGCUGGGGCGAUGCUGGGCAGACUCGGUGAAGUGGAUGAUCUUGAAGCUGCUGUUCUGUUUCUUUUGGGGGAGGGAUCUCGCUGGAUGACUGGAGCGGACUUGAGGGUAGAUGGAGGCAAUAAUGCCUCAAUGUGA